AUCUCCUUCAUGUGAAUGGUGCAGUGUUUGUUGGGCGGGGCUCUCCAGCUCCAUAUAAGCAGGAGCAGGUCUGUGGGUGGAGGGAGAAUCUCCUGUGGACCUGCUGAGACCCUCUGCUCCUCCAGCUCCUCCAGCUCCUCUGUCACCUCCUCCUCCUCCAUGGACCGCUCCGGGACGCUCCGCUGGCUGCUCCUCUUCUUCUUCUUCAGCCUCAUGUGCAUCAUGUGUCACGGUCAGGCGUCUCAGGAAGUGUCGGUGGAGGAUUUGGGUUUGGAGAAACCUGAAGCAGCUGCAGACAGAGACCUGGUGGAAGCUCUGGAGACUCUGCUGGGCAGGAUGCACACUCGCAUUUCCUCCAACGAGAAACGAGGGAUCAUCCCUCUGUGUGGGAUGGGAGACCGAUGUGCUAUGAAGUUUGGGCCUCGCAUCGGGAAACUCUGCGACUGUGGACGAGGAGCAAACUGUAACUCCUACCUGCUCAAGUGCAUCUGAACCCCAGAAGAACUUUCUUUAUUUUCCACACGCCAUCACUUCUGCAGGAGAAACUAUCCUGAGUCUCAUCAUGUGUAGCCUCAUCAUUUCUUUUUGUCCUUGCUGAUGUUGUGGCAGCUGUUGCCGUGGGAUACGGGAAGUCGCUGAUGAUGAUGAUCUGCAUGUAAAUGUUUCAUGUUCAAUAAACAGACUUGUCAACACAA